CUCUGCGAAACCUGCCGAGGUCCCUCGUCCUCUCGGGGUGUAAAACUCUCCUUGCCGCCCUGGCUCCCUCCUAAGAACGGCCCCCGGGUUCCUGGCCACGUAUGCCACCGAAGAAAGCACCAUCGGUUCAUAGAAAGACACCGUUUCUUGACGCCUGAAAGUCGUCUGUCAGGAGUUAUAGUGUGAAGGCAGGAAGGCAUGUUAUCAAAGGGCAACCGGCAGCUCGUAUGAAUGCAAAGAAAUUAGAGGAAAAUUUCUCCUUCUGCAAGGUGAAGCGUGAAGAAGGACAGUUCGCUGUCGGUGUCCCAUUGCAAGGGGUGUACGACAAUUCCUGACAGAAAAAAAGAUCCUUGUGAGUGGACAAAAAUGGCGAUAGAUAAUAAACAGAACAGCAAAUUUUGAGUUUACGUUGGCCUUAGUUGUUUUAUUUUACCUGUAAAAUAAAGUGAGUUUAUUUUACCCGUAGAAGCAAGACAGAAACUGUGUCCUGUAACCAAAGGGAAAAACCCACCACCCAGAUGCCUGGAAGUUCAGUGCUACAUUGGGCUCAUUUCGGCAGGGUUUGGUGAUCGCUGGCAGGCUCUUGUCUGGCAGGGAGGAGGGAAAGUAACGUGGCCUCCUCUCAGCCUAGGGAGUAAACCUAUGGUGACAGCUCUGCUGCAACAUACCACUAGUCACAGCAGGAUCGGCCCAAGCUCGUCCAUGUGGCAAGGCCGGAAUAAAGUUCUGACAAGAUGUGCACUGCAAAAAGUAAAUCAAUAUUUAUUGGACUGCUUUUCAACUGCCUAGACGUGAUCUUUUCGGCUAACACAGGUUUCUCUGUGUCUAUAUACGAUGUGACAUCACGAAGCAUUUGUCUCAGGUGGCCCAAGUUUUCAGGAGCCUCUUCUUACAGAGUCAGAGCUACAGCUGUGAAUACUGUAGGCCAUUCAUUACUGGCUCAUUUUAGCGAUGUUACAUUCAAAGGUUCUCUCACGUCAUUAAUUCCCAAUACUAAUUAUGCUAUACUAGCAGAAGCCAUUGACAAGAAUGGAAUUAUUCUUGCAGAAACACAGAUUAUGCAAUCAACAGCUCCUGACAUACCUGUUAUUGACCAAGCUUACUCAAAAGUUAGCAACAGUAUCACAGUGGAAUGGAGACCGGUACGUGGGGCUACUAGUUACCUGAUGACUGCACAAGAUAGAGAUUCCUGCAUUGAAACUGUCGUUACAAAAUCUCCGGGGACAGUGAUGGGACUGAAACCUGCCACCUGGUACAGAAUCACUAUCAGAUCUAUAAAUUCAGGAGGAAAAAGCCAACCUUCACCUUUCAGAAAAGCAAAAACAGUCCUGGCUGCUCCAGUUCUGUCUGUUAGUUCGCCGAGUUGUGACUCCAUUGCAGUGAGCUGGAAAGCUGUGUAUAUGGCAGCUGGAUUCUCUGUGUCCCUCAUGAGAUCUGAUGGUUUGGGCAGAAUGCUGAAGGAGAACACCACCAAUACCUCCUUGAUAUUUACAAAUCUAGAUCCAGGAACUCUCUAUACUAUCAAGGCAUAUGCCUGGAAUGUCGAUGGGAUACCUGGAGAUGAUUUUACUUAUAAUCAAAGAACAAGUCCUAAUGCACCAGCGGACGUUCAAGUAGCUUUUAAUCGUGGUGCUUUAAGAGCUAUUGUUUCUUGGAUGCCAGCAGAAGGAGCUCUAAUUUACAGCGUGACAGCCUCCAGUGGACUCUUGAAACUGAAGUGCAACACAUCUUCUGCCUCCUGCGUGGUGUCAUCACUCCAGUGUGGCUCUGAAUAUUAUGUUUCUGUCACAGCAUACAAUGAUGCUGGAUCUAGUAAACCUACUGAUGCAGUAAGCUUAAAGACUAUUCCUUGUGCACCGGUUAAUAUAUCAAUCGAAGAGGAUGAACCUGGCCACUUGUUGGUAUCAUGGUCUAGCGUCGAUUUUGGUCAUUAUUACGUGGUUUUUGUGAAGAGUGAUGAUGGCUUGGAAGUGCACUGCAACACAUCACAUACUCAAUGCCAUUUCCAGUCGGACUGUGGCUUCACUUAUGUCAUUAGUGUGUUUGCAUAUAACAAGGCAGGGCAGAGUCCUUUAGGUGAUGUAUUCAACUACACUACUGCGCCCUGCUGCCCCAGCGACCUCCGCGCCACCGCCGUGUCCAGCCACGCCGUGCAGGUGACCUGGGCCGCUGUCCGCGGUGCUGAACUCUACCAAACGCGAGCUGCCGGCGGGGGCGGCCUGGAGCUCUGCAACGGCACCGCCACAGCCUGCACCCUGUCCGCCCUGCGCUGCGACACCCGCUACAACGUCACCGUUUAUGCCUUCAGCGAGGCCAGGGGCAGCAACAUGUCGUGUGCGUCUAAGCCUGUGGCAACAGCUCCCUGCAGUCCUGAAAUUAAAAAUAUCUCGAAGGAGUCUCUUUCUGUAAUCAGUGUGCACUGGCAAUCUAACAAUGAAGAAGCUACAUAUAUUGUCACUGCCAGAGGAGAGGCUGGACUUUGGCAUUGCACAAGCUCUGGAAGCUCCUGUACCCUAAUUAAUCUUCCCUGUGGAUCUACUUUCUCUGUUAGCGCUAUAGCAAGAUCACCAGCAGGACAGAGCUUACCAAGCUACAGUGUCCCCUUAGAGACAGCUCCUUGUUGCCCUAGUGACCUGAUACUAACUCAAGUGACAGAGUCUGUAACAAAUAUCAGCUGGUCUGUUGGGAUGGGUGCACAGACAUAUGUAACAACACUGGAGUCUCCAAAAGGACAGGCAAAGUGUCACACUCUUCAGAACUACUGUCUCCUGGGAUGCAUCACGUGCAGCACCAACUAUACAGUAUCUCUGAAAGCAAUCAGUGAAACGGGUUUGACAUCCAGUUGCACAUAUCAAGGAUAUUCUUCCAGUGCUUGCUGCCCUUCUGGGGUGAAGCUAUAUCGACUCAGCAAUAAUGCUAUCAGGGUAUACUGGCGAGCUUCUGACGAAAAGAUAAACUACAGUACUGAUUUACAUGGCUCCAAAGGCAAUUUCACCUGUAGCCCUAGCUUGGGUCUAACUCACUGCGAUAUCACUGAGAUACCUUGUGGGGACGUCUACAUGGUGGUAGUGUCCCCAGUUACUGAUAAGGGGCCGAAGCUUACAUUUUGUCCUAAAAAAAUAUAUUCAGUAACCUGUUCUGGAAGCUCCGUUGGAAUGGGUAAGAGCACACAGUACAUUCAUUCUAAAUCCAUGCUGUUAGUAACAAACCUGUUAGUGUCAUGUAACUCCAAAUAAAAUGCAAAUAAUAUGUAUAUUUUAUAGUCAAGGCUUGUGUUAGUGUUAUGCAACCUUGUCUCACCACCCUAUCUCAUCAUGUAUAAUUAAAAAUCUUACCUAUAUUGUGACCUGUUUGCUAUCGUGCAUUCCACACUGUCACAACAUUUACUGUUUAUCUGAUAGCACAUAAUAAAAGGCAGGCUUAUCUUCUGUAGCCUUGCCAUAGGCCAUCACAGAUUAAGUCGCAUUUCUGAUUUUUAUUUAAAAAAAAAGUUUAAAAAAAAAGUGUGUCUUACCUCAACCUGUUCUACCUUAUUUCUUCUGGAGUUUCAACAGAAUAGUCUUGUGCUAUAUUUGCCUAUGUAAACUGCUAGAAACAACUCUGAAAACAGCCACUGAAUCAAACAUUUACCAGGACUGUUGCUUUUCCAUACUUGAAAUUAUCUUAAUUUCUUAAUUCUGUUGUAGUGAUUUAUAGAGGAAAGAGCAAUGCAGAACAACAUAUCUAGAUAAAAAUCCUGAUUCAGAUAAUGAGGUAAGUUUUCAAUCAUAAUUCAGAUUAGGAUGUAUUAAUUAAACAUUUCCUGCUGCUUAAAUCCUUGGGAUUUGAGGGAUAAGCUUCACAAGUCCUGUAUACCCUAAAUAUAACUGGUUUGUGAAAAUCUGUCAUAUUUACCUCAGAAACCUCACGUCUGCUCCUACUAUCAAUACUAAUUUGACCUCUCCUCCAUUUACAAUAAAACCCUCUUCCACUUCAUUAAGCCUUUUCUAAUACUAUCCUAUAGUUCCCCAGAAAAGCCCUCAAUAUCCAGAAAGAUCAAGAAACCUGCCAGCAUUCAUUUACUUUCUCUGGUAGCUAAAAUUGCUCAUUUUCCAACAAAAGUACUGGUGUUCUUGACUAUUUACUGCCCUUGUCUCAAAAGGAUGGCAAGAAGUCACUGCUGAUUCUGCCCCCAACCCAAGACUGAUCAUCUCCUCUUUGCCACUGUGCCACUUGCACAAAAUAAACUCGCCAGAAUCUCACUCUUCAAUAAACUGAUUGUAGGUGCUCCAAUAAUUAUAUGUUGCUUCUUAGAACAUGAUCUGUGCUUAUUCACUGUCAAACAAGUCUUUCUUGAGGCAACAUUAUUUUAAACUGCCCUGCAUCACUUAAUAAAAGUUGUUUUUAUUUCUAAUUAAAAAAAAAAAAAAGGUAAAAAUAAGUAUUGUUCACAACAUUCUUCCUCACAGGUUGUUUUUUUUUUCCUUUGCAGUUGUCAUUGUCAAACACUGUCACCAAAGCCUAAGCAUUUAACCAGGUGGCCAUUAACUGGAUUUUGAGGGGUCUAAAGCAAUUAGUUUAUUUUGGAAUCAAAUUCAAGCCACAGCAUUCUUCUUUUCAUAUAAAGAAUUCUGAUAUUUCCAUGCUUAAUCAUAAUUCUGAUAUAUUUUAAGCACUUGUAAACUGUUGGUGGGGUUUUUUUUUGUUUUUCCUAGCAUACAGACAUUCACAUCUCAAAAUUACACAGUACAACCUUGACAAUGCUGUAGUACUAUUUUCUUCAGCUUCUCAUUUUCAUGACUGAAAGCGAGAAAUGCAGUUAUAACAUAAUGUAGUAUUUGCAUAUCUGUUAAAAAAAAAAAAAAGGCAAAAAGCUGAAGCUGAAUCAGGAUUCCAAGAAAAACCUCAUUGAUUCAGCUCAAAAAAGAAAGAAAAAAAAGAGUUAGAAAUUUACCAAAACAGGGAAGAAAAGCAACACAACCAAACUGAGUCAGAUCCAUGCUUCCUGCUGUGGCUGCGUGUUUGUUGCAGGUGUUGUUACUCAGAAAUUAGACAUUGUCUAAUAAUAAACAACACUGCUGGUAUGUGUCACUGGCACUCAGAGAUAUUACUAAAAUAUUUGUCAGGAUUAGUUUCAGGUUCUCUCCAGGCUGACCAACCACCAACCCCACAUACCUUUUAAGAGAAAAAAAAAUUGAGAAUCAAGAAAAUUCCUGUUGAAGACCUAAAAGUAGGUGGCAUAUUGGUAUGCUAAACAAAACUAAUGUUUUCAGAAUAAUAUCUGUGAAAUCAUUUAGACUGACCAAUCAGGUGACUAAAACCACCUAGGUUAUUUUAUGAUAAAUGCCUUCAUUAAUGCUUACUUAAUAAAAGUAUCAAUUAAAUGAAUAAUUUUUAAGAUGUAUUAGUUUCAAUUACACAAGCAUGUACACUUGCCAAAAAAAAAAGUAUUGUUCCAAAUACAAAAUAUUUCUAACUUAGAUAGGCUGUUUUCAGUCCAGUAAAGAAAAUAGCAAAAAUCUGUCCUUAAAUUGGUUUCAGAUUUGACCCAAAAUUGCUGAGAUUUAAGAAGUGUGUUCUCCCACACUCAACUAUUUCUGAGGAAGAGAAGGAAGACACAAACACAUACAAAAGCCCCACAAACAAGCAAACAAAAACCACUCUCACCACACUCACACAAAACAAACAAAACCAAACACACAACAAAAUAAUCCCACAGCCCACCACCACAACAACUACAUAGCAGAACCUCAAGUGGCAUUUAAAUAGUUUUACCCUGCUUAAUAGCUAGUGGAUGUCUCCCAUAAAGUUAUGUGCAUUUCAUGGCAGUGCAGGAAGGGCUCAAACAAGCCAGAAGAAAUCAUCUUCCAGGUUCCCUUUAAGAGAUGCUGGCUAUUUGUAUAUUGUCUUUGAGAUAGGACAGUAACAUUCAGCUGUAAAUACUAAACGUAUGAGCUCAUUCACGUUUCUUUGUCCACAUACAAAUAAAAGCAUAAAACCCAUGGGUAUGCAUGGUGUAACCAUGAUCAGAUCGGAUGACCGGAUAAAUUGCCAUGCCAUACAUUACCUGUUUCCAUACAGAUUGACAAUCAAAAUACCACUUCAAGUCAGAUACAUGCAAGUCCUUUUGUACUAAUUACCUGCAUAAUUAUGUGGCAGUAGGUAGAUGCUAAUCUCCAGGGCCAAAGCAUUGACCUCACCUCAAAAUAAAAGAAUGAGUUUGCUACUUGUUGGGAUCUGAAAUAUUGUAGCAUCUUCAAAAGAAAAAAAAAAAAAAAAAAAAAGUCAAAACAAAGUAGAGGUGUAUUUCUAAAAUUAGCAUUACUAGUCCAGAUAAGUACUUAUUGUUGGAGCCACAGGAAAUUCCAAAGACAAUUUAGGAAUGACUAUCCCAGCACACAUGGCACAGUGUAGAAGCUUCAGGUUCACAGUGCGGGGUUUGUUGUGCUUUUACCCUGAGAACCAAAGAGGAACUGCACAGGCUGUGUCACACGGAAGGUCUGCAACCAUAUGUCCUGGGGCAACUCUCACAAUACCUCAAAUUAAGAUUAGCAAAAGUUUCCUUCUAAUGACCUCAAGCCACACACCCCCUGCAGCUGUACCGCUGGCAACUGCAUCAGACCCGUCAGCGCUGCAGACUCCACUGAUCCUACAGUUUCUGAUGAGCUGCUUUGUAUCUGUUCUUUCUGGUUUCGAGGAAGGUCACAUGAAAUGAAAUGGCAUCAGAAAGACAAAAAUAGUCGCUGGAUCCAAACCCAAGAGCUGCAAGAUACUAAAUCCCAAUGAUAAGGCACAUGUCUACAUUUAAAUAAUUGUAAUGAAUAUUGUGGUAUUCAUUACACCGCUAGCUCAAGUAUAUGAGACGUAUCUAAUUACAAGCAAAAUCAGAAAGGACUACUGAUUAAAAAAUAAAAGCAAAGUCCUCAAAUUACUGCACUUGUAAGAGAUAACUGGCAUAGGCCAGUCUUUCCAUAAGCUGUACCAAAAUGUUCACUAUCCUGGAAUAAGGUGGCUCUCCCCACUUUCAGGUCAGAUUUUUCUCAAAUAUCUGGAUUUUGCCUGCAAAUAAACCAUUCUUUCAUUGUCUUUCCCAACUAUGGCAGAGGAGGAGGAGCCCUGAAGGAACAACUGGAAAUCAAUAAUCCAUUUUCCCUGACAGAACACUGGCCUUGCAGCCUCUCUGCCCAAGAAUGUACUUGUUCAGAAACUCACAGGCUGAAGGAUAAAAACUAACAAGUCCAAAAUAAACCUUCCAGUGGCAGACAAGGUAAAUGAGUUGUCCUUACUGUCUGGACAGAAUCCAUGCCAUCUCCUGGCAAACUGCAAAGACAGUUCCAAGCAUCUACUAGCCAGGGUAUUUCUUAAAUGGCUAACAGAGUUUUUCUCCUCCUGUAUUAAAUGAGAGUUCAGUAUUUUAGUUUUGCAAUGCAAUGGACUGAACUUGUUGAAGCUUGUAUUUUUUUUUUCAAGCUCAGAUUUAAAAUCAGAUAAAAACAGCAGCAGACAAUACCCGAACAACCUCAGUAUUAGAAUAUUUGGAAUACUAACAAUAUAGAAAACAAUAAAUAAGUGCAGGGAGGAAGAAAAUACUUAGUUUGCUAUUUUUGCUUCUUUAAAUACUAUGGAAUGAAGUGUAUUGUUAGGAAUUCAAGCAGGGGGUUUAAAAAUACCUAGUACUUAAAUAUCAUGCCUAGAUGCCCUGCAUCACACACAAGAAAAAAAAAGACACAAAUAUAAAAUUUAUUUGUUCUUCCUAUUUUUAAGCUGCUGCAUUUCUUUGUUAGCUAUAUCUUCCUUAUAAGGUUCUUAUUACAUAAAAUCCCUUAUUUGUACAAAGUGUAACUUAGACUGAAAAUGAAACAGAGGAACUCAAAUGGUCUUCAAACUGGCAAUGAACAUGCAGGGAAAAGCUGACACCCAAUACAAAGGAAUUAAUUGAGAGUUUAUUCCAGAUGGUUCUCCUCACUCAGUACACAAGUCAUCAGAAUAAUCUAUCAAAUAGACCUGGACUUUAACGAUAUUAUUUUUCUAUAAUGCAUUUUGGGUUUGGCUUUGAAAUCCUGUUAAAAAAAAAAAAAUCUGCCAGAUGAAAUGUUCAGCACAAACUGCAAUCCUUACUAUUUGUAAAAAAUAUGAUUUAAAAAAGGACACUAUCAGGUAAUUCUUAUUUUAAAUGUUUACACUUAUAAAAAUGCUUUGGAAGCUUGAAACUGAAAUCCUUUGUAACAAUUUUCUUCUUCUACCUCCCUCUUCCCAUCUUAAAAGCCUUUAUUAGCCCAAGAUUAUCAUAAAUGACGGAGUGCAGCUGCUGAUUAAAAACAUUAAAAGACCACAACUGGAUAAAUUGUGUUUUUUUGAAAAAAAUGGAAGCUUACACGGAUUUUUUUUCCAACAAAUAAAAUGCAUAGACGGCUACGGUACUCAUCCGUCAACCUUUACAGUGUCCGCUUGAGGUAGCCUUUCUAAAGAAUUACUAAAACAAGCCACAACAUAAUCUAAAUAUUUGCAUCAAAACCGCUAUCUCCUCAAAAGUCCACUCUCAAUUCAACACCAGUGGUGAUCAACAACAUAAUACAUUUUAAAAGCUCUUGAAAAAACAGCAGGUACAGUGGACAUAAAUGUUAGUUCUAAAUCUGCAGCCCUCCAUGUACAUUGUAUGCACAUAAAUAUCUCAGCUAUAAUACACAUUCAAGAUCCAUCCCUAAAAUCGAUACUAUUAUGUAAUGCACAGCCAUGCUAACUUCAGGAUACAAACCAUAAUUCCACGUCUACAAAAUGAAAGUAGAAUUAGUGGCAGUUUAUUGCCCCAUACAAAUUUAACCAACAUGGCAACCAUGCCAAAGGAAUUAAAACAUUUUCAGGACAUAUGUACAGACUGUACAUUUCAGAAACAUCUGAACAAUAAAAAUGCAAGAACAAUCUCUGCGUUAUGAAUUAAACUAAACAAAUGGUUUGAAACCGUCAAUGCAUUGAAUGGGUUUACAAAGGCACUUCCCUACCCAAAAUAGGAAAUGACAAUCUGCAGCCUAGAGGGAGGUUGGAGAAGAGUGCUCAUCAACUACUGCACAAUCUCAACUUUAAGAAAAAAUAAGCAGGAUUUAAUCAAACAUUUAUAGGAUUCAAUGUGAUCCACUUCUGAAAGAGUUCACGCAGUCUCAUCUUUGUUUUUCUGUUGCUUUUCUUGGCUCUCUGGUUCUGUACUUUGGCUCCUUCGAUGCUCGUGUUUGUCCGAAUGGUCCUUGCUGUCACUGUGAUCGUGUUUGUGGGAACGUUCUUUGCUUCUGCUACGUUUCCUAGAUUUUUCUUUGCUGGGACUCUGGUCUCGUUUUCUGGACUUCUCAACACUAUCUGUUCUUCCUCUGCUUCUGCUUCUACUUCGUUUAUUUGACUUCUCUUUACUUUCAUUUUUAUGUUUACUUGAUUUCUCUUUGCUCCUGCUUCUGCUGCGCUUACCUGUAUUCUUACUUCGGCUCCUGCUCCUAUGCCUUCUUUCCCGGCUUCGACUUCUACUAUGUUUUCUCUCUUUUUUGGAAUCCCUCUUGUCAUCUCUG